UCAACGGGCAUUUUGCCGGGCCUGGGCUCAGGUUACAGCGUGGGCAGCUGGUCCUUCGCCCACACAGCCGGCCGGCCGGGGUGCAGCCGGAGCCCCUCUGCCAGCGCCGUGGGGAGCCCCCCGGGCAGUGCCAGCGGGGACCCGCAGCAGCCGUCCGGGUUUCCUUGGUGACUGUUGCCAGGUGAGAGAAGGAGGCGAAACCACAGCGACCGCAGAGAAGCACAGAUGGACGUGGGCUGGCAGGCUGCCCUGCCUUGGCUUCCCUAGACCCUGAGCCGAGCCGCCAGGCAGGCAUGUAUAAAGCAGACAUGGCUAUUUUCGGAGUGAGAGCCGGUGAGGGAGCCUGCUUCCACCCCACGUACAGCCCAGGCUCGCACACAAAUGCCCUCACUCAUCCGCAGGCGUGCAACGGGCUGGAAAAACUGCACAGCAAAUCCCGCAUUUCACACGGCGGGCAGCCACCACUGCCAUGGCCCUGUGUUCAAAGCGUGUUGUGUGAACACUGGGAUUAAGAAAAUAAUGAAGGCUGGGAUGAAGAAAAUAAUAAAGCUAGGAUGCUCUCCAGGACAGGGCAGGCGGUUGUGGGAACAGAACUGACAUCCACACAUGGUGGCAGGACCCGAGCUGGUGCCUUGGGCAUCCCCGGGUGGGGGGGAGACUCCUGAAUGCUGGUGCCUGCAGUAAGGCACGGGACAGGGACUCAGGCAGCACCAUGCCAUCCUUGUGCAGGGAAAACAGUGUUUUGUCCUUCCCUCUGCUUUUCUCUUCUGCUCCUGGCAGUGAGAUCUGCAAAACUCCUGAGCUUCUAGGUGCUGCUGUUACAUAAAUAACCUGCCACCCAUCUAAAAACCUUCACUUUCUUAUGUGGCCCUAGAGAGACCAGCACAGUCCCCUUCUGUUAGGCAUCUCCAUGGCAGCUUUGCAUUGCAUUGGAGGUUGCUUCACCCAUCUGGACUGCAGCUCCACAGCCCAGGGGCUCAGAGCAAGGGCUGGCCAGCAGCUCCCCUCUCUGCUGGCCCAGGAUCCAGCCACUGCACACGGGAACACCUGGGUGGGAUGUCCCCAGUGCUCACACAGUCCCUCCCAGUUUGUCACAGCUCUGUGACGCAGUGUCACAGGGUGUCUGUGCAGCCCAAGCCAUGCUGAGUUUGCAGGCAGAGGCGCGGGCGUUGAGCUGGCUGGUACAGGGAGUGGUGGAGGCAUCAGGGGCAGGAUCGCUCACUGAUGCUAUCUGUGACACAGAUCGCUUUUAUGGUCUGCUGUUUACAGCGCUGAGAUGUGGACAGGUAGGGUUAGGCUUGAGGGGUGACUCACAGCAUGAAACAGAAAAACAACCCGCUGCCUCUCUGUGCUAGGGUCAGAAAAUGGGAUAAUAACUGGUGUGGGAAGUGCUGUGAGGCUUCAUCCCUCCAUUCACCUGAUGGCUGCUGGGGCUGCUGGACGCAGGAAUGGAAUUCUUGACUGCUUAAACAAUUGCUCUUAAGUAUUUCAUCAUGAAGCAGGGGAAGAUGAAAUUAAAAAUACAAUGAGUCGGAGCCCAGGCAUUGCUCAGCCGAGGGCUUGGUGACCUGCCAGACUCCUGGGGGAUGCUUUUAAUUUGGAUAAGUGGAAGUUGCAUAAAUGGUAUAAAUUGCACGUUGCUCUUGCUGCUAAUACGGAGGUGUGGGCGCAGUUGGCAGUGCUGCAAGAUGCAAGAUCGCCGGCUGAGCGCUCAGCCAGGCUGCGUGCUGGGGCCGGCGCAGCUGUUGCCCGUGCACAGCUCCCACCCCGAGUAUGCGCAGGAGGCACCUGGCUUCUUUGCUUGGAUGCUGUUCCCUUCACCCUCUGCCCUGCUGGUUUUUUUUUUUUUUUUGAGAGGCUGUUUUCCAAAAACAGCUUGAAAAAUAUGUAACUAUCAUACCAGAGCUGAGUGGUCACACGUAGGUCUCCCGUCCCCGCUGGUCAGGCUAGUCCCUAUGAGCUCAUGGUGUUUGUGGUUUCCCCAAGCAACUGCUCAGUGUUGGAAGGAAAAGCACUGAGCAGCUGCAGACUGGGAUUGCUUCUGUGGGAGCUGCCGUCAGGGGAGACGUGGCCUCCAAGGUCUCCUGUAGUUUUAUUCCCAGCUCUGCUGCUGCUAAGCUCGAUAGUCCCGCCCGGGAUGGCGCCGCGGCGGGGCUGAGCGGCCGGGCCGGGCCGGGCCGGGGCCGGGAUGGACGGCCCGAGCGGGGGCUGCCCGCCCGCCGCCACCGCCGCCCCGUCGCGGGCGAAGCUGCCGCUCGGCAUCGUCUUCUCGACGGCGCUCUUCUGCGGGGAGGGGGCGGCGGCCGCCGUCCUCUGCCUCUCCUACGGCCACUCCGACGACCGGUUCUGGCUGGCGCUCACCGUCUUCUUCGUGCUCUGUCCCUCCGUCCUGGUGCAGCUCACCCUCAUCUUCGUGCACCGCGACCUCAGCCGCGACCGCCCCCUCGUCCUGCUCAUGCACCUGCUGCAGCUCGGGCCCAUCAUCAGGUGCAUGGAGGCCCUGGUGGUGUACUGCUGGUCAGGGAAGGAGGAGGAGCCCUACGUCACCAUAACCCGCAAGCGGCGGCUGCGGAAAGGCUAUGAGGUGGAGAUGGAGCAGGAGGUGGGCCACUCGGUGCGCCGGCUGGCCACGCACCGCAACGCCUUCAAGCGCAUGGCGGUCAUCCAGGCCUUCCUGGGCUCCACACCGCAGCUCACCCUCCAGCUCUACAUCAGCAUCCUGGAGAAGUACGUCCCUGCCGCCCGAGCUGUCCUCAUGGGCAUCUGCCUGGUGUCGGUCACCUACGGGGCACUCGUCUGCAACGUCCUGGCCAUCCAGGUCAAGUACGAUGACUACAAGGUCCAGCUGCGGCCCCUGGCCUUCCUCUGCAUUGUGCUGUGGCGCAGCCUGGAGAUCUCCACCCGCGUGGCCGUCCUUGUGCUCUUCAGCACCGUCUUCAAGCACUGGAUCAUCCCCAUCGCCCUGGCCAACCUGCUGGUGGUCUUCUUCUUGCCCUGGGUGCAGUUCUGGCGGAGCGGCACCAGCCUGCCCGACAACAUCGAGAAGAACUUCAGUCGGGUGGGCACGGUGGUGGUGCUCUGCGCCUUCACCCUCCUCUACGCCAGCAUCAACAUGUUCUGCUGGUCAGCCGUGCAGCUCAAUCUGGCCGACCGGGACCUCAUUGACAAGUCGCAGAACUGGGGCCGCCUGGCCGUGUACUACGUGGCCCGGCUGGCAGAGAACAUGGCCCUGGUCAUCCUCUGGUACUUCUUCAAGACAGAUGUCUACGAGAACAUCUGCACCCUGCUGCUGGUGGUGCAGCUGCUCCUUGGCUACUGCCUGGGCAUCUACUUCAUGCUCCUCUUCUUCCAGUACCUGCAUCCCUGCCGCCAGCUCUUCCGGCACAACGUCGCUGACUUCCUGCACUGCGUCUGCUGCCGCCGGCACCCGCCGGGGACCCCUCUGCAUCUCGAGGUACCCCACGAGCCCGGUGUGAGGCACAGCAUUGUUUGAGGCACAGCCAGCACCUGGCUUCUCCAGCCAGCUAUGGACAUGGGGACGGGCAUUGCCAGGCUGUGCCGGCAGCCAGAGGAGGCUCAUGGCACAAGCUGUGACAGAGGCAGGCGCUGCCGGGCCCUGCAAGCGGCACCGGGUCCCAGUGCAUCCCUGCGGUGCCAGGGGGACAGGAGCAUGCCCGCCUGCCCAGGACCGCGCGCAUGGACACGAAGGACUUAUGGGGUGCCCGAAUCACCUGCCGCCGCAAGCCGGCUGCCAUGUGGUGUGCAGCCCCUGGGGUCACCUGCCCACUGCGGUACAUACGGUGACCUCGGGGCCACGGGUACCGGCGGGACUGUUUUAAGCAGUAAAGAAACUUUGCUGUGGCUGCAUGUCCGGGUACUGGCAGGCAGCCGGUGACUCAUGCGGAGGGUGGGGACCA